UCUGCAACCCGAGUAUAUUGCCGAAGAAAAAGCCAGCGCAGUUUGUUUAGAGUUGAGUACUGGCUGUUGACGCCUUGACGGCGGCUGUCCGGCCAAAUCCACCGCCGAUCGAUAAGAGCAGUUGCAUUUGUACCGGACUUUUGCGUCUUGCUUGUUUCAACUCCGGAGAGUCUCGUUCCCACCGUUGAAAUGGCAUCAUCUCUUUGUUCGAGGUAGCACCCGGAUGCCACUUUAGAGCAGCGAACUCUCUGUUCAUCUAUCUCUUAUUCGUAUUCGCCGGAUUGUUACGGUGAAAAUAGCUCGAUGAUGCUUUCAUUUUACCGCUACGGUUAAUCUAUCGGAUUCGGCACUGCAGGGAUUGGAGAUCCGUACGUUGAAUCUGAAACCAUGGUUCAGCUCUUUGUCUGCUUAUCGCGUUGACAGGAUCUGGAUAUUGAAUUGGGGGUCCUCAGAAAUGGCGUCAAAACCAUUCAACCAAAGUAGAUCGUCACUCUCAAUAUCCUCAGAUGUGCAAGAUUCACAAAAUGGCAAGCCUCCAUUGCCCCCAACAGUGACCUUUGAUCGAAGGACCUCCUCUGGGCGAUAUGUAAACUAUUCUAGGGAUGAUCUUGAUAGUGAGCUCGGGAGUGUUGAAUAUAUGAACUAUAUGGUACAUAUACCACCCACCCCCGACAACCAGCCUAUGGACACCAUUUCCCAGAAGGUUGAGGAGCAGUAUGUAUCAAAUUCUCUUUUUACAGGAGGGUUUAACACUGCCACACGAGCACAUCUGAUGGAUAAGGUGAUUGAGUCGGAGUCGAACCACCCCCAGAUGGCUGGCGCAAAAGGAUCCUCUUGUUCCAUACCUGGAUGUGACUCUAAAGUUAUGAGCGAUGAAAGGGGAAAUGAUAUUCUUCCUUGUGAAUGUGAUUUCAAAAUAUGUAGGGAUUGUUACCUGGAUGCUGUUAAAACUGGGGAUGGAAUGUGCCCUGGCUGUAAGGAGUCAUAUAAGACCACUGACUUGGAAGAAGUAGUAGAAAGCAGAAGGCCACUUCAGCUCCCUGCACCUACACCUGCUGGUGGGAUGUCAAGAAUGGAGAGAAGAUUGUCCUUGAUGAAAUCAACAAAGUCGGUGCUAAUGAGGAGCCAAACUGCAGAGUUUGAUCAAAACAGAUGGCUUUUUGAGACGAGGGGCACAUAUGGCUAUGGAAAUGCUAUAUGGCCGAAGGAAGCAGGGCAUGCAAAUGGGAAAGAUGAUUAUAUUGCCGAACCAUCUGAGUUAAUGAAUAAACCGUGGAGGCCUCUCACCCGCAAAUUGAAAAUUCCUGCUGCUAUCAUCAGCCCAUAUAGGCUUUUAAUUUUUGUUCGGAUGGUUGUUCUUGGGCUUUUCUUGACAUGGAGGGUCAAACAUCCUAACAAUGAUGCUGUUUGGCUAUGGGGAAUGUCAGUGGUUUGUGAAAUAUGGUUUGCUUUCUCUUGGAUUCUUGAUAUACUACCCAAGCUUUGCCCUGUUAAUCGUGCUACUGACCUUAAUGUCUUAAAGGACAAGUUUGAAUUGCCUACACCUAACAACCCUACUGGAAAAUCUGAUCUUCCUGGUGUAGACAUCUUCGUCUCUACUGCAGAUCCAGAAAAGGAACCCCCUCUUGUUACUGCAAACACUAUAUUGUCCAUUUUGGCUGCUGAUUACCCUGUAGAAAAGCUUGCCUGCUAUGUUUCUGAUGAUGGAGGGGCACUUUUGACUUUUGAAGCCAUGGCAGAGGCUGCAAGUUUUGCUAACAUAUGGGUGCCAUUUUGCCGUAAACAUAACAUUGAACCCAGGAACCCAGAAAGUUAUUUCAAUUUGAAAAAAGACCCAUACAAAAACAAGGUGAAGGCUGAUUUUGUAAAGGACCGGAGAAGGGCAAAGCGUGAAUAUGAUGAAUUUAAGGUCCGCAUCAAUAGCUUGCCAGACUCUAUCAGACGUAGAUCUGAUGCUUAUCAUGCCAGGGAGGAGAUUAGAUCCAUGAAACAACGCAGACAGAAUGCUGAAGAUGAGCCUAUGGAGGUUGUAAAGAUUCCAAAAGCUACAUGGAUGGCAGAUGGAACUCAUUGGCCUGGGACAUGGAUAAAUUCUGCACCCGAGCAAUCCAGAGGUGAUCAUGCUGGAAUAAUACAGGUGAUGUUAAAACCUCCAAGUGAUGACCCAUUGCACGGCACAAAAGAUGAUAAUGUGAUUGACCUUACAAAUGUUGAUAUCCGUCUCCCCAUGCUUGUUUACGUGUCUCGUGAAAAGCGGCCAGGGUAUGACCACAACAAGAAAGCAGGAGCCAUGAAUGCGCUGGUUCGAGCUUCUGCAAUCAUGUCUAAUGGACCCUUCAUUCUUAACCUAGAUUGUGACCACUACAUUUACAACUCCCAGGCUUUGAGGGAAGGAAUGUGUUUCAUGAUGGACAGAGGUGGUGACCGCCUUUGCUAUGUCCAGUUUCCUCAGAGAUUUGAGGGUAUCGAUCCAUCGGAUCGAUAUGCCAAUCGCAACACCGUCUUUUUUGACGGGAACAUGCGGGCCCUUGAUGGUCUGCAGGGGCCUGUCUACGUGGGCACUGGGUGCCUCUUUAGGCGGAUGGCACUUUAUGGAUUUGACCCGCCCAGGUCCAAAGAGCACCACCCUGGUCUCUGUAGUUGCUGUUGUUUUUGGCGAAGCAGCAAAAAGAAUGCCAAACUUUCCAACUCAGAAGAGCAUCGAGCCCUCCGACGCACAGGUGAUUCUGACGAUGAAGAAAUCAGUCUCUCAUUGGCUCCCAGAUCUUUUGGAAACUCGGCUGUGCUUAUUGAUUCGAUUCCGGUUGCAGAGUUUCAAGGCCGUCCAUUAGCAGAUCAUCCGUCCGUUAAGAACGGAAGACCGCCAGGUGCUUUGACCAUUCCUCGAGACCUUCUAGAUGCUACUACUGUUGCUGAAGCAAUCAGUGUUGUCUCCUGCUGGUACGAGGAGAAGACCGAUUGGGGCCGGCGUGUCGGAUGGAUUUAUGGUUCGGUUACCGAAGACGUUGUCACGGGAUAUAGGAUGCACAAUAGGGGGUGGAAGUCGGUUUAUUGUGUGACGAAACGAGAUGCUUUCCGUGGGACGGCCCCUAUAAAUCUUACCGAUAGGCUCCACCAGGUCCUUCGCUGGGCCACUGGUUCUGUUGAAAUAUUCUUUUCUAGGAACAAUGCCCUUCUGGCCAGCUCAAAAAUGAAGCUCUUACAGAGAAUAGCAUACCUCAAUGUUGGAAUCUACCCCUUCACAUCCAUAUUCUUAAUUGUGUAUUGCUUUCUUCCUGCACUUUCCCUUUUCUCAGGCCAAUUCAUCGUUCAAACCCUAAACGUGACAUUCCUCACUUACCUCCUAACCAUCACCGUCACACUCUGUAUACUCGCGGUGCUUGAGGUCAAGUGGUCCGGCAUUGAGCUGGAGGAGUGGUGGAGAAAUGAGCAGUUUUGGUUGAUUGGAGGGACGAGUGCCCACUUGGCAGCUGUUCUUCAGGGCCUCCUCAAAGUCAUCGCGGGGAUUGAGAUUUCAUUCACUUUGACAUCAAAAUCAGGCGGUGACGACGAAGACGACGAGUUUAGUGAUCUAUACAUAGUUAAGUGGUCAUCACUUAUGAUACCCCCCAUCACCAUCAUGAUGGUCAACUUAAUAGCCAUAGCCGUUGGGUUCAGCCGGACCAUAUACAGUGUCAUACCUCAAUGGAGCCGCUUGAUUGGAGGCGUUUUCUUUAGUUUUUGGGUUUUGGCGCAUCUUUAUCCUUUUGCUAAAGGGCUUAUGGGCAGAAGAGGCCGGACCCCAACCAUUGUGUUCGUGUGGUCGGGACUUAUAGCUAUCAUUAUAUCCCUUCUCUGGGUUGCAAUUAAUCCUCCGGACAACACAAACCAAAUCGGUGGCUCCUUCCAAUUCCCAUGAUCAUCAAACUCAAGCCGAUCGGCGUGUAAAACCAAACGGAACCAAACACUAACGGUUCGGUUCGAUUUUUUUACAUUCGGUCUCGGUUUUUUUGGUUCGGUUUUUUUUCUAGCUCGUUUCGAUCGAUUUCGGUUCGGUUUGCGGUUUUCGGUUUUCCCAACCCAGCCCUACCGGGUAUGUCUUGUCUUGUCUCCUUGGUACCUACCAUAUAGAGAAGUAUAGCUUGCAAGUCUAGUCGGUUAACAAGAUGGGCAGGCUACUUAAGUGAGUUUAAAAGGCAGAUGUUCUGUUCUUCUUGGCUCAUGUUGGGGAGGAAUUUAAAAUUUGUUCAUAAUUUGUCUGCAAAUGAUUUUCUUAUUGCAAGCAAGAACUGAGUUA